AUGAGCACAAAUAUAUUGGAACGGUUGGAGUAUUUAAAUCAAUCGUCGCGAGCUCUUGUAAAUGAGAGUGUGCCGCUAUCGUCAUUGGUGAAUAUCCCCUAUAAAAUCUAUAAGUCAUUUUACGAUGCUAUUGUUGCGCAAUAUGCGACCUCAUUGACCAAUCCGGAUCUGUUACCAUUCAAUACGGAGACAUUUAUGAGCUCUGUUGGUUACUUCUUUAGUAGCUAUGCAGUGGGGUGUUUUUUGAUUGCUUUGGUUUUGAGUCGGUUGUCUGCAAUGUCAAGUCUACGAUCAAAUACAGUAAGAGCAACGAUACCGAAUUGGUCUAGGAUUGGAUUGCAUAGUGUGGCAAUUUUGGCUAUCCUCUAUGCGUUGUGUGGACUUGUUGGUCAGUUUCAGCCAACCAUAUUGCGGGGUGUCAUAAAGCAGAGGGAUGUCCAGUCCUUUUUGUCUGAAACAUAUGUUGUUUUGACGCUUUCCCACUGUAUAGAGACGUUCCUUUGUAUUACCACCAAUGGAAAACCACUUGAGGAGUCGGAUUACACUAUUUUCGAGCUUUCUGCACAGUUCUAUGUUAUGACAAGGAGCAACGCUACUGUAUGGGAAUACGGCCCGGAUUGUCUAAUGGCGCUUUCUGGCCGUUUUAUUAUACAUUUGGUGGAAUUGUUUAAGAAAAGGCAACGUAGACUAUUAUGUUCAACUGUUCUAAAUGUUGGCUUUAUAUGCUAUCUUGUUUACCAGGUACAUCAGUAUGGAUUUGGCUCACUGUCUUUAUUCACAAAAUGGAAACACUUUCCGAAGUUCUUAUCACUUUUCAUCAUCCUGGCAUCAGUAGCAUGUUAUUCCUUGGCAUGUAUAGUUCGUUGGAAUUGCACUCAAACCCCAGGUACGUCGCCAACAGAAGACCUACAGUUCCAUACAUUCAUUUGCAAUUGGUACAAGAAUUUAAACCUCACUGGUGAAGAAGAAUUCAGUAAUACAGUUAUGAAACUCGCUCUACUGUUCUGCAAUCCAGACCACAGGAAUGCUCAUGGACUACACAGAGAGUUCCCUGCCAUAAGUCCUGCAACCUCCUUACACAAAAGUUAUAUUGUGAGCGGGUACAUGAAUAAGAUGUCAAAUAUACCCGACGCUAUAUCUGGAGAUAAGGUUGCUCUUAAGCAUAAUACCAAGUCACUUGUCACAAGGUUUGUUUGGCUACUGUGGUUGGUAUCUUCCAUUUUAAAGCUUAUAAAGCGCUUAUUCAAGGUAACACCAGAAAACAAACCUAAAAUACCUGAGGUAAAACAGAGAAACGUCCCCAAUUUUAAUGACUACAUAAACGAGAACAACUAUUCGAAAUUUAUGACGACUGAAAACGAUGAAAGAACUAAGCUCCUGCUUCCGGAAGAGGAUAACUCAGAAGAUUAUGUGCAGGAAGACUGCCCCGCAGAUGAUGAAAGUGACAGUGAUAUAUCAGAGGACGAAGAAAGCUCCAUUAUUUCUAGAGGUGCUGAAGAAUAUACGAGUCCAAUUCAAGAAGUACUUUCUCCACAGAGCAUACUAGAGAUCGUAAGCUCGCCAAAAGAUGUUUCAUGGUACUUGUCAAUGUGGAAAAUACUAAACUGCGAACUUUCCAUGAAUAGGCGGUUAACAAGAUCGCAAUAUGCUGUUCUAAACGAAAAUGAUAUUCUUAAUGAAGUUAUACUUCGAAAGCAGCUAAAUGCAUGCGACAAAUCUAUUAAAAGUAACGAACCUAAUGAUAAUGAAGAAUUGGUUAUGGGUGAAGAAGAUGAUAGCAAUGCGAACGAAAUCGAUAUGACUUGCGUUGUUUGUAAAACAAAUCAACGUACAAUCGUGGUUUGGCCAUGUCGUUGUUUCUCUUUAUGUGAGGAAUGCCGUGUGUCACUUGGCUUACGCGGUUUUAAGUCAUGUGUCUGUUGUCGAUCAGAGGUUCAUGGCUAUAGUCGAUUGAACACUGUAUGA